AUGUCGUCCCCCCGGAACAGUCGUGACUACGAAGGGGAGUCAUUUGACGAUGCCCCCGAAUCCCUCGAAAACCUUCAUAUAACUGUCCCUCAAUCCUCGUCUACACGGUCAUUGACUGAUAGCCCACCCGUCGGCGUGGGGGCGUCUCCAGACGUCUCAGAGAAACCAUCUUUCCCUUCUGAAUCGCUGGCCGAACAGAAAGAAAGUGAGAACGAGGGGAGUGAGCAAACAACGCCCAAGAAAAAGAAAAAUAAGAAAAACAAGAAAGGCAAAGGCAACCAGCCAGAUGAGGAAAGCGUUCCCGUGGAGGAAAAGGAUGCGGAGGAGCAGUAUGAACAACAAGACCCCGGAAAUGGGCUGAAGCUGGACACUGUGGAUGUGCAGAGCAGUAAUGCUGAGCAGAAGUUCGAUUUUACCGAGCAUGUCGACUUGGAUGGGGUCGGUGAUGAAACACCAGUUCAGACUACCUCACAGAAGUCCCCCUUACUGACGUCCCACCGCUUGUCGUCUGCCUCAUCCCUGGAUGAAGUUGUUCUCACCAACAGCAAAGACGAUGAACCAAUCAAUAUAACAGACGCGGCAAUCAAGCCGGAAUCGCCUCCUGUACCCCCUAAAGACGAGGUGGCCUCGCCGCCUAGCACUGGCUCUGGCCUGAUGGGUCUGUCCGGCGCCCUUCCAUCCUUACCAUGGGGUGCUCCCCCAGUCAACAAAAACCCUCCUCCACCCGCUCCUCCUCCCCUAUCUCGGAAGACCAGUGGUCCAUUUGCUUGGUUCUCUCGGAGCUCGACUGGGGUAAAAGAGGCCAAAUCGCCAUCCCAGACUGGAGCCAGACGAAACACCUCAACCUCAGUAUCGACUAUCGCCAGCGCUCUGGACCUGGUCGCAGAUGGAGAUGCCUCCAGUGUGAAUUCGAAGAAGCCAAGACGCAAUAGCCUGAAAGAUCAGUUCAAGUUGCUUCGCAUGCGUGAAGAUGUCUCAUGGGCUGAGCAUGAGGAGGCUGUAACAUCGGGGCCACCUAGCAUUACUCACUCCGGAGCCAGCCCUCCCAUAAUCCCCGAGGAAAGCGAGGCGCCAAUCCUGGCGCCACCAACCCCGGCUUCUCCAGCAGCGACGUCGCCCGGAGCCGCACCUUCAUCGAUGAUCAAUCCGAACCUCGCGCCAGGAACUGUAUCUGGAUUCGCCAGAUCACCAUCCGAUGCGUCGACACCAGUGGACUGGGAAAUGUGGCAGCAACUUGUAAAUGAUGGGCCUCGGGCAUUGGCGAGCUCGGAGGAACUGAAUGCAGCUAUCAAACGGGGUAUUCCCCAGACCAUUCGGGGUGUGAUCUGGCAGAUUCUGGCAGAUUGCCAUGUGGGAGAGUUGGAAUAUGUUUAUCGAGAUCUGGUUGCGCGUGGAACGGACAAAGAACGCCGGCCUUCCCAUGGCCAGAUCAAUGGAAUAAUCGAAGAAUCCACUUCAUCCUCGCGCUCGUCAAUUCGGUCCGAUAACUCUGGCUCUGGCACACAAUCUGCUAGCGUGGCGCACAGCCCUUCGCAAGAGACCGACCCCGAGAAACUGGCGAAGGAACAGGCCGCGAGUGAAAGUGCUCGUGUUAAGAAGGCCAAUCUUGAGACAAAUGCUCUGCAGAAACUAGAGAAAGUCAUUCGUCGAGAUCUGGGCUCCCGUACCAGCUAUUCCAAAUACUUCGUUUCACAGGGCAGCCAAGAAGGUCUUUUUGGAUUGUGCAAAGCUUAUGCUUUAUACGAUGAGGCUGUGGGCUAUGCGCAGGGCAUGAACUUCAUAAUUAUGCCUUUACUAUUCAAUAUGGAUGAAGUGGAGGCGUUCGAGCUUCUUGUCAAGCUUAUGAAUAAAUAUGGUCUUCGAGAGAUGUUCAUUCAUGAUAUGCCUGGUCUUCAUCGCAGUCUGUUCCAGUUUGAGCGGUUGUUAGAAGAUCUAGAGCCGGCCGUCUACUGUCACCUUCGACGCCGCGGCGUUCCCCCGCAACUAUAUGCCACCCAAUGGUUCUUGACGUUGUUCGCCUAUCGAUUUCCCCUGCAAUUGGUCCUUCGUAUUUACGACUUGAUUUUUGAAGAAGGUCUUGAAAGCACCAUAUUGAAGUUCGCCGUCGCGAUUAUGAGGCGCAAUUCCGAGGCCUUGAUGAGUAUGAAAGAUAUGAGCUCCCUCACUACAUUCUUGAAGGAGCGUGUGUUCGACGUAUACAUCGACAAACAGCCUUCAGCGACAUCGAUUUUGGAGUCAGGUUUCUUUGGAAGUUCUGGAGCGGCUGAUAAAGAGAUUUAUCGCGCUGAUAUCUUGGUUCAGGAUGCUUGUGAUAUUCCUCUCAGCCAAGAUAUGAUCAAGUCUUAUACUGCCGAGUGGGAAGAAAAGACUCGAACAGAGACGGAGCGUGAGAUCGAGUUAGAGAACCUGCGCCAUACGGGGACUCUACAGGCUUCCCGGAUACGCCUUCUCGAGGAGCGUGCCGAGGCCUCUGAUACAGAACAUGUACAGCUCGCGUCGGAACUGGUUCAUGUCAAGGUGGAAAAUGAGGAGCUGCGUGACCUGAACGAUGCACUUAAGCUUCAGGUUGGUGAAUUGAAAAAUGUGGUCGACAAGCAGCCCGCCGAGGUAGAGGAGAAGCUGCGCAUGGAGAUGGAACGUAUCAUGAAACGGAACAUCGAGGUUCAGAACGAGAACCGGGCAAUGGAGGAAUCCAUGGCUGAAAUGGAGAAGGAGCUGGUUGCAACGAAGAUGAAGUGGGCAGAGAUGUCCGAGAACCACGAGACACUCAAACAAAAGUGGAAUGACCUCCGCCGCGCCCUCGACUGA